UCCCGCUCCGUGGCUCCCGCGCUCCUGGCGAGGCUCAGGCGCCGAGCGCGCGGACGGGCGCACCGACAGACGGCCCCGGGGACGCCUCGGCUCGCGCCUCCCGGGCGGGCUAUGUUGAUUGCCCCGCCGGGGCCGGCCCGCGGGAUCAGCACAGCCCGGCCCGCGGCCCCGGCGGCCAACCGGGACUAUGAACCGGAAAGCGCGGCGCUGCCUGGGCCACCUCUUUCUCAGCCUGGGCAUGGUCUACCUCCGGAUCGGUGGCUUCUCCUCAGUGGUAGCUCUGGGCGCAAGCAUCAUCUGUAACAAGAUCCCAGGCCUGGCUCCCAGACAGCGGGCGAUCUGCCAGAGCCGGCCCGACGCCAUCAUCGUCAUAGGAGAAGGCUCGCAAAUGGGCCUGGACGAGUGUCAGUUUCAGUUCCGCAAUGGCCGCUGGAACUGCUCUGCACUUGGAGAGCGCACCGUCUUCGGGAAGGAGCUCAAAGUGGGGAGCCGGGAGGCUGCAUUCACCUACGCCAUCAUUGCCGCCGGCGUGGCCCACGCCAUCACAGCUGCCUGUACCCAGGGCAACCUGAGCGACUGUGGCUGUGACAAAGAGAAGCAAGGCCAGUACCACCGGGACGAGGGCUGGAAGUGGGGUGGCUGCUCUGCCGACAUCCGCUACGGCAUCGGCUUCGCCAAGGUCUUUGUGGAUGCCCGGGAGAUCAAGCAGAAUGCCCGGACUCUCAUGAACUUGCACAAUAAUGAGGCAGGCCGAAAGAUCCUGGAGGAGAACAUGAAGCUGGAAUGUAAGUGCCACGGCGUGUCAGGCUCGUGCACCACCAAGACAUGCUGGACCACACUGCCACAGUUUCGGGAGCUGGGCUACGUGCUCAAGGACAAGUACAACGAGGCCGUUCACGUGGAGCCUGUCCGUGCCAGCCGCAACAAGCGGCCCACCUUCCUGAAGAUCAAGAAGCCACUGUCGUACCGCAAGCCCAUGGACACGGACCUGGUGUACAUCGAGAAGUCGCCCAACUACUGCGAAGAGGACCCGGUGACAGGCAGUGUAGGCACCCAGGGCCGCGCCUGCAACAAGACGGCUCCCCAGGCCAGCGGCUGUGACCUCAUGUGCUGUGGGCGUGGCUACAACACCCACCAGUACGCCCGCGUGUGGCAGUGCAACUGUAAGUUCCACUGGUGCUGCUAUGUCAAGUGCAACACGUGCAGCGAGCGCACGGAGAUGUACACGUGCAAGUGAGCCCCGUGUGCACACUACCCUCCCGCUGCAAGUCAGAUUGCUGGGAGGACCGGACCGUUACCAAGCUGCGGGCUCCCUGGCAGGUCACUGCCUGGAUCUUCACAGGGAACCGCAGGAAUGCUGAGCUUGUCUUUUCUGCUGAGGAGGGUACUUUUCCUGGGUUUCCUGCAGGCAUCUGUGGGGGAAAAAAAUCUCUCAGAGCCCUCAACUAUUCUGUUCCACACCCAAUGCUGCUCCACCCUUCCCCAGACACAGCCCAGGUCCCUCCGCGGCUGGAGCGAAGCCUUUUGCAGCAGGAACUCUGGACCCCUGGGCCUCAUCAUAGCAAUAUUUAACAAUUUAUUCUGAUAAAAAUAAUAUUAAUUUAUUUAAUUAAAAAGAAUUCUUCCACCUCGUCGGGAUCCGUUUUCUGCAAUCAAAGUGGACUGCUUGCUUUCCUAGCAGGAUGAUUUUGUUGCUAGGACAAGGAGCCAUGUAGAAGUGUACGUAACUAUUCUUUAUGCACAUAUUUCUACUAGUUGAUUUUGCAAGUACCCCCCCCCUUGCAGCACUAGAUGUUUAAGUACAAGAGCAGACAUCUUUUAUACAUAUAUAGAUAUAUACACACACACACAUUUAUAUUUUUUUUGCUGUUUGCUGCUACUUAUCCAGAAAUGUAAGCUGGUCCAGAUUUGGAGACGUUUUUUCCAGAGUAUGUUUUCCACCCUUUUGCCCUCCCCAGUUCAAACUUCACCAUUAGAAAAAUCCAGUUUGGAAUACAUAGAGAGGAAAAAUAAUAAUAAAUUCCCAGCAGUUUCCAUCUUUCGGAA